UUUGGGUGCCGCUGCAGCGUUUUGCUAGCUAGAGUUUUUUUCCAAAGAAAAGUGCCGCUAGGGCGAACAACAGAACAAUGUUGUGGUCCUGACUAACAUUGAAUGGAUUAGCCAUCUAUUCUUGAGCACUAAUGAGAUUAGGGUGUCAUUGCAGACAUGGGUUGCAGCGGCAUGGUACCUUUUGUUGAGCUCCGUGGGGAGUGUUUUCCCUGUCAGUCCUUCAGCGCUGGAAAUGGCGUUCUGAUGCUGAACAAGGAAGACGCGGUGCAGGCGGCUGCCAGCGAAUAGAAAUUACAUGUUUUCCAUAAACUGGUUUGUGGUGUGGAUUCCUAGUAGUGGUGGACAACAUGAAGUACCAGAAAUACAUAACGGUGAUGCAGAUGGCAUUGGGGGUGACUGCCAUCAACAGAGACAAUUGCAUCCCUCCUAAGAGACAGAUGUGGGUGACUCCCACAGAUGGAUUGUCAGGGAUAGGUGCCACGGGGAUAGGCACCGCGGCUUCGUCCGCUGCCAUUACGGAAGCUCAGGAUUCAGCAGAAGCAGCUGCAGAAGAUGCUGCAGCUGCUCGUGCCGCUGCUCGUGCAGGUGCAAUGUGUGGUUCUGGUGCUAUAGGAGGAUGCAGUGUAAUGUUUGCCACCUCCACACUCUCGCUGCCCAUGACCCAGGGCAAGCCCUCCCUCCGCAGGAUCAAAGGCCGCAUUCACCGCAGCAAGAGCCUGGACAGCAUAGACCUGCUCGACUCCAAUAGCACAGCGAUGGAGGAAACUGUAAUAUGGGAACAGCACACAGUGACCCUUCACAGAGCCCCAGGGUUUGGGUUCGGCAUAGCCAUCUCAGGGGGCCGGGACAACCCUCACUUCCAGAGUGGUGAGACUUCCAUUGUCAUCUCCGACGUCCUGAAGGGAGGCCCAGCAGAAGGACUCUUAUCGGAAAAUGACCGUGUGGUAAUGGUCAACGCGGUGUCCAUGGACAACGUAGAGCAUGCGUACGCAGUGCAGCAGCUUCGGAAGAGUGGAAAGAACGCAAAAAUAACGAUCCGAAGAAAACGGAAGGUUCAGAUCCCGGUGUCUCGCCCGGGGGACAGGGAGACUAUGUCCGAGCACGAGGAAGAGGACACGGAUGAAGACGAUGGUUGCGAGCAGCACAGCGGGCCCACCAGCGCCUACGGAGCGGCGAGCGGCGGCACGGCCAGCAGGCGGACGAACGACCGCGAGCGUGAACGCAGCAACAGCAGCCGGCGGGAACAUAGUGCCUCGCGAGAGAGGAGCAUCUCGCCCCGCUCCGGCCGAUCCCAAGGGUCCUCUACACCGUCCCGCCCCGCCAAAGUCACCCUUGUCAAGUCCCGCAAGAAUGAAGAGUAUGGUCUGCGUUUGGCCAGCCACAUCUUUGUGAAGGACAUCUCCCCAGAGAGCCUGGCAGCACGGGACGGAAACAUCCAGGAGGGAGACGUGGUGCUGAAGAUUAACGGGACAGUGACCGAGAACCUGUCGUUAAUAGAUGCUAAGAAGCUGAUCGAGAGGUCAAAAGGCAAGUUAAAGAUGGUGGUGCAGAGAGACGACAGAGCCACGUUGCUCAACAUCCCCGAUAUGGACGACAGCAUUCCUUCCUGCAACAACUCCGACCGAGACGACAUUUCAGAACUUCAUUCAUUGACAUCAGACCAUUCCAGUCGAUCCCAUGAUCGAGCACGGGGCAGCCGAUCCCGCUCCCCUACCCGGUCUGAGCCCUCGGACCCCUCCCGACACUCACCACGGCAGAUCAGCAAUGGCAGCCACAGAAGUCGAGAUGAGGAGAGGAUUUCCAAGCCCGGGGUGAUGUCGACUCCUGUUAAAGGUUCCCAGGAGGCCCUAAUCCAGGCCAUCAGCGACCAGCCACUGGCCAGGGAGGACAAACUGCCCCCGCUGCCAGAACCAAAGCCAGUGUAUGCCCAGCCUGGCCAGCCUGAUGUGGACCUGCCAGUCAGCCCCUCUGACGCCCCAGUGCCCAGCGCUGGUCAUGAUGACAGCAUCCUCAGGCCGAGUAUGAAGCUGGUGAAGUUUAGGAAGGGGGAGAGUGUCGGCCUGAGGCUGGCCGGAGGGAAUGACGUGGGCAUCUUUGUAGCCGGAGUCCUGGAGGACAGCCCAGCUGCCAAGGAAGGUCUGGAGGAAGGAGACCAGAUUCUCAGGGUAAACAARGUAGACUUUGCUAACAUCAUCCGAGAGGAGGCUGUGCUGUUCCUCCUAGACCUUCCRAGGGGUGAAGAGGUCACCAUUCUGGCCCAGAAGAAGAAGGAUGUUUACCGUCGGAUAGUGGAGUCGGAUGUGGGCGACUCGUUCUACAUCCGAACCCACUUUGAGUAUGAGAAGGAGUCUCCGUAUGGCCUGAGCUUCAACAAGGGAGAGGUGUUCCGUGUAGUGGACACCCUCUACAACGGCAAGCUGGGCUCCUGGCUCGCCAUACGCAUUGGCAAGAACCACCAGGAGGUGGAGAGAGGCAUCAUCCCCAACAAGAACAGGGCAGAGCAGUUGUCCAGUGUGCAGUACACCCUCCCCAAAACGCCAGGGGGCGACAGGGCUGACUUCUGGAGGUUCCGUGGUCUGCGGACCUCCAAGAGGAACCUGAGGAAGAGCAGAGAGGACCUGUCUGCCCAGCCGGUCCAGACCAAGUUCCCUGCCUAUGAGAGGGUGGUGCUGAGAGAGGCUGGGUUCCUGAGGCCUGUGGUGAUAUUUGGGUCCAUCGCAGACGUGGCAAGAGAGAAGCUGGCCAGAGAGGAGCCUGACUUGUUUGAGCUUGCCAAGAGUGAGCCCAAAGACGCAGGAAAAGACCAGCGCAGCUCCGGGAUCAUUCGCCUCCACACCAUUAAACAGAUCAUUGACCGGGACCGGCAUGCUGUGCUGGACAUCACCCCUAACGCUGUGGACCGUCUGAACUACGCCCAGUGGUACCCCAUCGUGGUGUUCCUCAACCCGGACAGCAAGCAGGGCGUCAAGACCAUGAGAACCAGGCUGUGCCCCGAGUCCAGGAAGUCAGCCAGGAAACUCUAUGAGAGAGCCCUCAAACUGAGGAAGAACAACCACCACCUCUUCACCACCACCAUUAACAUGAAUAAUAUGAAUGACGGGUGGUACGGUGCCCUGAAGGAGACCAUUCAACAGCAGCAGAACCAGCUGGUGUGGGUUUCAGAGGGAAAGGCGGACGGUGCUCCAGAUGAUGACKUGGAUCUGCAUGAUGACCGUCUGUCGUACCUGUCGGCUCCGGGCAGUGAGUACUCCAUGUACAGCACGGACAGCCGCCACACCUCCGACUACGAGGACACGGACACAGAGGGCGGGGCCUACACCGACCAGGAACUAGACGAGACGCUGAACGACGAGGUGGGCCUGCCCACUGAGCCCGCCAUCACCCGCUCCUCGGAGCCCGUCCGAGAGGACCCGCCAGUCAUCCAGGAGCCCCUGAGGUACGGCGGGUACCAGCACACAGUGCAGCCCGCCCCCCUGAACCGGAUCGACCCAGCCGGGUUCAAGGCACCAGUGGCCCAGCAGAUGUACAAGAAGGAUCCCUACCUGGAGGAGCCAGUCAGAGUGAACCAUGGUGGUGUAAAGCCGUCUCCGGCGAUGGGGCCGCCCAUGACCUACGAGUCCCAGCCUCCGUAUCAGGACCAACACCCGUACAGAGAUUACGAUCACCGCCAACCGCUACGACGGGGGUGGCUACCUGGAACCAAAGUAUCCAACCUCUGGCCCACCACCCCACCAGCAGCAGCACCCCCCUGGGCCUGGCACGACCCCCGGCUGUCCUACGAAGACGGACCCGAGCAAGACUACAGCCCCCUCAGCCGCGCUAUGAUGAGACCCCGCUGGCUACAACGGACGACCUCGCUACGGCAGCAGCAGGACCAGGACCCAUCCGCUACGAUGAGCUCCUCCAUCCGUCCCAGGGGGCUAACGCUCCUCUACGUUACGACCAGGAGCCUCACCCGUAUCCCCUGCAACACGCUCUCCAGAGCCCCUAAACAGUACUACCAGGGGGAGCCUGCCCAGCGGCCAGGACCUGAGCCUGCCUACAACCAGAGUGGAGCUGAGGACGACCCGGCCAUAAGGGCCCAGUCGGUGCUGUCCAGGGUCAAGAUGUUUGAGAACAAGCGCUCUGUGUCUGUGGACCGAGCCAAGGAGGCAGGAGACACCGUCGGGCUCAGGUCAGCGGAUCUGCCCACCAAACCAGGCACGUGCAUUCCUAAAGCCAACUCGCUCAGCAAUCUGGACCAGGAGAAGUCCUUCAGAGUCCCUGAGCCUCAGAAGCCCCGGGAGGUGUCCGAUGAUGACAUAGUGCGCUCUAACCACUAUAACCCAGAUGAAGACGAGGAGUACUAUAGGAAACAGCUGUCUUACUUUGACCGGCGUGGAGAAGGUCAGUCCUGUGGAGAGGAGAUAUGAACCRGUUCCCCAGGUUACCCCRGCUGCCCCACCUGCCAUACUYCCCAAACCCACCUCACCUGAGGCAGACACAGUCACGACCAACUACCUGCCCCAGAAGAGUUACCCUGAGAAGUCUCCAGUGAACGGUACGGRAAUGAAGGACCAGCCCAAGGCCCCGGCCAAUACCAGCUACAACCGCUACGUCCCCAAGCCCUACACCAACUCCGCCAAGCCCUUCGAGAGGAAGUUUGACAGCCCCAAGUUCAACCACAACCUGCUGCCCAACAACAAAACKGACCUGGCCCCAGCCAUCAAGGCCCCAGCCAACAGCACAGCCCCAGUCAAGCCCCAGAUCUCCCCCCAGCCUACAGACCUGGACUCUGGCAUGGACACCUUCACACGCACCAUGGACAACAGGUCCAAGUACCAGCACAACAACAUCAACGCUGUGCCCAAGGCCAUCCCUGUCAGCCCCAGUGCUUUGGAGGAUGAUGAUGAGGAUGAAGGUCACACGGUGGUGGCCACGGCCCGGGGGGUCUUCAACUGUAAUGGAGGGGUGCUGAGCUCCAUCGAGACGGGUGUCAGCAUCAUCAUCCCACAGGGGGCCAUUCCCGAGGGCGUAGAACAGGAGAUCUACUUCAAAGUCUGCCGGGACAACAGCAUCCUGCCCCCCCUGGACAAGGAGAAAGGAGAGACUCUGCUCAGCCCGCUGGUGAUGUGUGGCCCUCACGGCCUCAAGUUCCUGAAGCCUGUGGAGCUGCGUUUACCUCACUGUGCGUCUAUGACCCCAGAUGGUUGGUCUUUUGCUCUAAAAUCCUCCGACUCCUCGUCGGGUGAUCCCAAGAGUUGGCAGAAUCAGUCUCUCCCUGGAGACCCCAACUACCUGGUGGGAGCCAACUGUGUGUCUGUGCUCAUCGACCAUUUCUGAAGAGUGCAACAGCUGGCCUGUUACUGAAUGUGAAACCAU